UGUUAUUGUGUGCAAGAAAAAAUUUGGUCGAUUUUGCGAUCCGUUCGGUAUACAACGUACACCCGUCAAGUAUACACUAUCGAAGCUAAUUAAAUGAAAACAAAAAAUAUUUGUUAAACGAGCGAAAUCCCUAUCUUAGCAGAUUAAAGAAAUACCACGUCGAAUAUUAAGUAGCGUAUAUAAGGAGGCGCUUAGUCUCAGAUAGGAUAUAGUGCGGUGCCGACCUUGCUGUUGAGUAGAAGUUUGCUUUGUUGGCAAACCUGACUCAACUUGAGGACGAACGGUGGGAAGCGAAAAUUUUACGGGCAGUGCGAAAUCGGAGUGUGUUUUUUCUUUUCUAUUUGGAAUAAUUGAUAUGGCUACCAUACCGCUUGCAAUGGCUAUCGUUGCGAUGUGUUUCUACAUCCACCUCACAGACGCUUCGCCCGCGCUACCGAAACCCGAGACAGGGCGUUGCAGUGAAUACGAAGAAGACAUGAACCUUCCACAUGACGGAGACUGCAAACGGUAUUACCGCUGCGUGUACGGGCGGAGAGUGCCGAAGAUAUGCCCCGACAACAUGCUGUUCAACGUAAACAUGGCCAACUGCGACAUGUAUUACAACGUGCAGUGUCAACACAAAGACGGCGAGGAACUCGCGCAAGACAAUCUCAAGGUCAUCAUCGAAGACCUGACUUCCGGAACGGCGGUGGGAGUGCCCGCGGUUGUUAAGAAAGUGCCCAGCACUACCGUCAGGGACAAGAGGUUCGUUUACCUCCCGCACCCCGCCAUAGCGAGCGCCUACUACAAGAUCGAGAACGGCAAGAAGCUGCUGAAGCACUGCAAAAAGGGCACGGAGUUCGAUUUCCACUUGGAGGUGUGCGUGAAGAUCGACGGGAAGAAGAAAGGUCGAUAAAAUUUACGGCGUGGCGACGCGAUGCCAGUGGGGUAGGAGCUUUCAAAUGACCAAUGGAUCCUUAUAAGAUUAUUUUUCAAUUUGCGAUGCGGGUUUGCCGGUCAUACGAUGUAUUGAUUCGCGAGCGAUCCGCGAUUGGAGAACGAUAUUUAUUUUUGUACAGAAUAAAUUAUU